AAAUAAUUUAAAUGGACGCACUUUUUUCUAUGUUUGAUUCAUUCAUAAGAUCAAAUUUGUCUUAUUAUCCAAUGAAUUAGCAAGGAUAUAUAAUGGAAUGUUGGGAAUAAUUUUUGAGUUUGUUGUAAACGUAGCCAUUAGAUUAUGGGAAAAUAUAUUCACUAAUAAAUCAAAUGCAUGAGAUAGAUAAGUAUGAAAGACAGAGUUCUACUCAAAGAUAAGCGGCAAGGAAUCUCACAGCAGCAUCAUCUCCCAGAAUUAUUUCAUCAUAAUAAAAAAAUUGUAUGAAAUAGCAGUUAAAUUUAGCUAAUAAUUUAUUACAGAAAUUUUCAUAGUUAGACAACGCAACAAGUCCAAAGAUCUAGCUCUCGAAUCUCACUAGUUAACAAUCUUUGGUAAAUAAAUAGAAAGUUAAACUAUAUGUAUUAAUAUUCAAUAAUUUAGACUGAAGAUUUCAAUCGACAUCUAUUACUGAGCAAAAUCAAAGAAUUAAUGUUUAAUUAAUCAGUCUCCACAGAUAAACUAUAUGCAAUGGCCAGAAUACAGUAGCAUACCUCCUCUAAAUCACCUUUAAAGUAUGCCCCCACUAAAACCAGAGGAAAUAAUCAUUCUGCUGAGCAUUAUAGAGCUUGAUUUUUUUUUAAUUUAUUUUCUUUUGUA